UAUUUUAGCUUGGACUAAUUCAUUACAGUCACAGCCUCUAUAAAUACGCCACAAAUCACAAAUCUUUUCAAUAAUUUUUGCUGCUCAUCAUCCAUCAUCAAAUCCUACAUUAUUAAAAAAUCAUAGCAAAGCUGAAUCCUAGCUACUAAAAAUGCAAGACACAGCCAUCCUCUACUCAUCUCUUUCUCUUCUCUUCAUCAUUCUCGCUUUGAAAUUGCUGAUUCAUUCAAGAAAAAGCCGCAAAAAUCUCCCUCCAAGCCCGCCUUCAUUACCUAUUCUAGGGCACCUUCGCCUCAUCAAACACCCUAUGCAUCGCUCUCUGCACAAACUGUCACAAAAAUAUGGCCCCAUCAUGUCCCUUCGAUUCGGCUCCCGCCCUGUGACAAUAGUUUCAUCUCUAGCAGUUGCUGAGGAAUGUUUUACGAAAAACGAUAUUGUUUUAGCCAAUCGACCAAAGUUACUCAUCGGCAAGCACUUUGGCUAUAACUACACCACUCUUCCGGAAUCCCCCUACGGUGAUCACUGGCGCAACCUUCGUCGCAUAGCUGCCAUUGAAGUGCUCUCAUCACAUCGUCUUAACAUGUUUUUAUCCAUAAGAAGGGAAGAAAUCAGACAGCUACUAAAAAAACUGUCUUGUGGAUCACUACAAGGGAUUGCGAAGGUGCAGCUUAAGACAAUGUUUUCAGAAUUAACUUUUAAUAUUAUGAUGAGAAUGGUUGCAGGGAAGCGGUACUACGGCGAUGAAGUGGAGGAUGAAGAAGAGGCAAGGAGGUUUAGGAAGAUUGUUAAGGAGGCUGUAUCAUAUGCUGGGGUCUCGAAUCCACGAGAUUUCUUGCCCAUCUUGAAUUGGAUUGAUGGUGGUGAUUUUCAGAAGAAAAUUUCAAGGAUGAGUAAAAACAUUGAUGGGUUUUUGCAAGGUUUAAUUGAUGAACAUAGAUGUAAAAAGAGUAAUUUAGAGAGCAUGAAUACUAUGAUUGAUCAUCUGCUUACAUUACAAGAAUCACAGCCAGAGUAUUACACUGAUCAAAUCAUCAAAGGCCUUAAUAUGGCAAUGCUAGUUGCCGGAACAGAUACAUCAUCAGUUACAUUAGAAUGGGCAAUGUCAAAUUUGGUGAAUCACCCAGAAAUAUUGAAGAAGGCAAGAAUAGAAUUAGACACUCAAAUUGGCCAAGCUCGUUUGAUAGAUGAACCUGAUCUAUCUAAACUGCCAUAUGUUCAAAGCAUUGUAUCAGAGACUCUUCGACUCUACCCAGCAGCUCCACUUCUGGUUCCUCACAUGUCAUCCGAUGACUGCACAAUAGGGGGAUACGAUGUGCCACGUGAAACAAUGUUAUUGGUCAAUGCAUGGGCCAUUCAUAGAGACCCCACUUUAUGGAAUGACCCCAGCGACUUUAAACCCGAGAGGUUUUUCAAUGAUGAAGGUCAGGCCCACAAGCUAACAAUACCAUUCGGACUCGGAAGGCGGGCCUGUCCUGGAGCUGGCCUGGCCCAGCGGGUCGUCGGAUUGGCUUUGGGAUCGUUGAUUCAGUGCUUUGAGUGGGAAAGGAUUGGUGAAGAAAUGGUUGAUAUGGCUGAAGGAAAAGGUAUCACCAUGCCCAAAGCCGAAGCAUUGGAGGUCAUGUGUAGAGCUCGUCCCAUCGUAAAAAAUGUUCUCUUUGGGUCUGAUUAGAAUGUUUUAAGUAUGCUUGUGUGUCGUAUGUUAUUUGUUCCAUUAGUUUAACGCUAGCUUAUUUGGGUGAAGGAUUUUUGUUAAGCGUUGAGGGUAAGGGGUGUGCUGUGUACUGAUAUAUACACCGCUGUAUCUUUUUUUAUUAUGUAUAAUUAUGACUAUAAUAAGUUACUUCUCUAAAAUUAGUCUGCGUUGUGACA